AUGAAUCAGGUUGAUCAAAAUAUAAACAAAGAUAUGAUUGAUUCUGAUUUGAUUGACGUGGAGUCACUGGAUUUUUCUGAUGAUCAAACCUGGUUGUAUGUAGUGCCAGAUGACUCCGGCCAAAGAGUUGAUGUGAUAGAGUGGAAUCUAUCCUGUGAUUGGCCCAUCAAUGAGGAUUGUGAAUAUUUGAAAUCAGAAAAAGAACUUUAUUUGGUGUUAGAUAAUUUAUUAAAAUCGUUUAACUGGCCGGGCCGCGAUGAGACGCGAGCAUUUUUGCAUACUGCAUCUAUUACAAAAGGUGGAUCGGGCCGUUUGCCGACAAUCAUAGCUGAGACAAGUGAGGCUGUCUCUAAUAAACGCAGAGCUCAACAAAAUGUUCCUGUUCCAGAGACUUUAACUAUCAUCGUCAUUAUAGUCCAUUACAAGUCUACUGAGGAUGAUGAUAAUUUGGAAUUCUUUGGGAUACUACCAUGA